AUGUUUAUUUUCUACCAGAUAAUUUCUGUGUGGGAUACAGAGUUUGUGAUUCACAUUCCUGGUAAUUUGGGACAGGAAGGUGUAGUGUACAGAUUAGAUUAUUAUCCUCCUUACGGUUAUCCAGCUCCCAAUACCACCAUAGCUUCCAAAGAUAUUCAAGACGUGAUUAAGUUUUCUCAAGCCCUUCCUGGUACUAAGUACGACUUCUAUUUGUAUUACUCCAAUGCCACACACAAUAUUCUCACAUGGACCGCCAACUUUACAACAGUUCCUGACCCUCCAUCCAAUUUAUCUGUAUCCGUGCGGAGCGGGAAAACUGCAAUCAUAACGUGGAGUCCACCUGCUCAGGGCAAUUUUUCCAACUUUAAACUAAAAAUUAACGCGUUGUCAGCUAGUUUAGACAAGAUAUCGAUUCCCGUUGUCGAGGAUAUCGAAGGAUCGCCGUACUUCUUAAGAAAUCUCACCCCUGGCGCAACAUACCAGAUUCAGGCUUUCACAGUUUUUGAGGGCAGGGAGAGCGCAGCAUACACUUCACGGAACUUUACUACAAAGCCGAACACUCCUGGAAAAUUUAUAGUUUGGUUUCGGAAUGAGACAACGCUUCUUGUAUUGUGGCAGCCGCCGUACCCAGCGGCUAUUUAUUCUCAUUAUAAGGUUUCAAUCGAGCCCCCUGACGCUGUUGACAGUGUCUUGUAUGUGGAAAAAGAGGGCGAGCCUCCAGGUCCGGCCCAAGCCGCGUUUAAAGGCUUAGUGCCAGGACGGGCGUAUAACAUAUCCGUCCAAACGAUGUCCGAGGACGAAAUAUCGACCCCAACCACUGCCCAGUACCGUACUGUGCCUUUAAAACCUUCUAACGUAAGCUUCGAUAAAAGCUCAAUCACUUCACAUUCUUUUGUUGUCCACUGGGAUGCCCCGAAUGGGAAAUGUGAGUUCGAUAAGUAUCAUAUUUCAUUGGGAACAGUUAGAAAACAGGUACCUGUAACAAGAUUGAGAGAGGAAUCUCAUUUUUGGGAGUUUAAGGACAACUUAGAACCCGGUAAAACUUACCAGGUGUUGGUGAAAACCGUUUCUGGUAAAGUAACAUCUUGGCCGUCUUCAGCUGAUGUCACUUUGAAACCACUUCCGGUAAUUCAUCUUCAAGCGGAAGCCGAUGAUAAAAACGGUAUUGUAAAUAUUUCUUGGACGGCAAAUCCUGAUAGUUUUCAAGAAAGUUACAUUGUGUCGUAUCACGAAGUUGAAACUUCGACAGGGGAUAGCAACACAGUUGCUACCAACGAGACGCAAAUAAUUUUAGAUACUCUUCUACCCGGUAGAAAUUAUUCGAUAUCGGUACGAGCAGUUUCGAAGAAAAUGGAGUCGAACGAUAGUUAUUUGUAUGUAGUUACCCGACCCAGUGCACCCAUUAUCGAAGAUUCCAAACCCUUGAUUGACGGGCUGAAUAUCAGCUGGAAAUCUGACGUAAACUCCAAACAAGAUAAAUACGAAAUCCAACUCAUAAGGAACGAUACCCUCGAAAAUAUUUUAAGAAACACCUACGAAUCUCGAAUUGUUUUGACGAAUCUGUACCCCGGAGCCGGGUAUACAGUCAAGGUAUUUGCUAUAUCGCAUAAUUUAAAAAGCGAACCUCACGAAUACUUCCAACCAGUGUUUCCGCGUCCGCCUCAAAACAUGACAAUCGAAAAAACGUCUGCUAAAAAUACUGUGAUAGUUCAGUGGCACAAACCUGCUGAUUCCUUAGUUUCCGAAUACGCGAUUAGAUACAGAACUGAUUCGGAUAGGACUUGGGUUCGAUUGCCAGCUGUCCAAAAUACCGAAGCCGAAGUUACGGACAUGACCCCCGGCGAAAGGUACACAAUUCAAAUCAAUACAGUGAGCUACGGGUUGGAAAGUAACGAACCCCAACAGCUCAAUCAUACCAUUGCUCCCAAUCGUGUUACAAAUGUUAUACCCAUGGUCGAUUCGAAUAAUGUUACGUUGGACUGGCCACGUCCUGAAGGCAAAAUUGAGUAUUACGUCAUUCGAUGGUGGGAAGCAACCAAUCCCACACAAAUAAACAAACGCAACGAAAGUCAAAAUCAAAAUGGCACUGGUCAUAUUCGAAUCAUCAUCGGAGAUCUAAUGCCUGGAGUUGAAUACGUUUUCGAAAUCAACGCAAUAUCAAAUGGACUGGAAAGUGGAGUUACAAUACUCAAAACAAGAACAAUGCCACUUAUACAAUCGGAAGUGGUGGUCGUCAAUAAUCAACAGUCGACCGAUUCUUUGAGCUUGCGUUAUACUCCAACUCCUCAGACCAUUUCCAAAUUUGAUCAUUACAGAUUUUCCUUAUCUGAGGCUACCAUUUCUGUUCAAGAAAAACUGGCCAAUGAUUCUGAACGUUUUGUUACAUUUACUGGUCUUAUACCUGGGAGAUUGUAUAAUAUAACGGUUUGGACCGUUUCCGAAAACGUUGCUAGCCAGCCAUUACAACGGCAGGACAGACUUUAUCCUGAACCGAUAACAGGUAUAAACGCAACGUAUAUCAGCGACACUGAAAUAACGUUAACGUGGGGAAUUCCGCGAGGAGAAUACAAUGCUUUCGAAGUUCAAUAUUUAACUUCUGAAAAUGUUCUCAUACAGAAUUUGAGUUUGCAUAAUUCGAUAACUAUCAAUGAUUUAAAACCGCAUCGAAAUUACACGUUUACAGUCGUUGUCAGGAGUGGAACCCAAUCAACCAUAUUGAGAAAAUCCACUCCGGUAAGUGCAAUUUUCCAAACAAAGGAAUCAGUACCGGGAAAAGUGGAAAAAUUCGACCCAGUUGACAUACAACCAAGCGAAAUUUCUUUUGAAUGGGCCUUACCAAUAACUGAACAGAAUGGAGUUAUACGCAAGUUUACCAUCACUUACGGAUUGGAGGGUUCUGCACAUACAGUAUUCCAAGAUUUUAGUCCUCAGACAUUCAAAGGAAAAAUCAAGCAUCUCAUUCCUGGUAAAACGUACGUUUUCCGGAUUCAAGCCGAAACUAGGAUUGGUUUCGGUCCGGAAACGGUGUGGAAGCAGAAAAUGCCAAUUUUAGCACCACCAAAACCUAGUAUGCAAGUUGUUCCUACCGAAGUUUGCAAGAGUACGACUAGCAUACAAAUUAGAUUCAGGAAAAAUUAUUUCAGCGAAGCUAACGGACCCGUAAUUUCUUAUGCAAUAAUCGUUGCUGAAGAUGACACUAAAAAUUCUUCGGGGCUCGAAAUGCCUUCUUGGAGGGACGUGCAAGCCUAUUCUGUGUGGCCCCCUUAUCAAGUUAUGGAACCCUAUUAUCCAUUCCAAAACAGUACAGUCGAGGACUUCACCAUUGGAGCGGAAUCCUGUGAUAUUCGUAAAGUUGGGUACUGUAAUGGACCUCUGAAAUCUGGAUCCACGUAUCGAGUAAAAAUAAGGGCCUUUACGGCUCCAGAUAAAUUCACGGACACCAGUUACAGUUUCCCCAUUCAAACAGAUCAAGACAAUACUCCGAUAAUUCUUGGAGUAAUAAUUCCAAUUAUUCUAAUAGCUUUACUAUUUAUAACGGUUAUAUUGAUAAGAAAACGACGGUCUGCUGGCAGAAAGGCAACAGAAGCAAGGGUUAACGAUAACAUGUCUUUGCCUGACUCUGUAAUCGUAACCAGUCGACCAAUUAGAGUAGAAAAUUUUUCGAACCAUUAUCGAAUCAUGUCGGCAGACUCUGACUUUAGGUUUAGUGAGGAAUUCGAGGAACUGAAGCAUGUUGGAAGGGAUCAACCUUGCACUUUUGCCGACCUACCUUGCAAUAGGCCAAAGAAUCGUUUCACGAAUAUAUUGCCAUAUGACCAUUCCAGAUUCAAAUUGCAACCAGUAGAUGAUGAAGAAGGCUCGGAUUAUAUAAAUGCCAAUUAUGUUCCGGGACACAAUUCUCCACGAGAAUUCAUAGUGACACAAGGGCCACUUCAUUCGACCAGAGACGAUUUUUGGAGAAUGGUCUGGGAAUCGAACUCGAGAGCCAUCGUAAUGUUAACGAGAUGCGUGGAAAAAGGUCGGGAAAAGUGUGACCAUUACUGGCCUUACGACGCUAUGCCCGCAUGUUACGGGGACAUUUCCGUGCAAAUUCUGAACGAGACCAGAUACCCUGAUUGGAACGUUUCAGAGUUCAUGGUCUGUAGGGGCGACGUCCAGCGUGUCAUCAGGCAUUUCCAUUUCACGACAUGGCCAGACUUUGGAGUUCCAAAUCCACCCCAUACUCUGGUCAGGUUCGUCAGGGCCUUCAGGGAAAGGAUAGGGGCAGACCAACGACCAGUUGUGGUACACUGCAGUGCUGGUGUCGGAAGAUCCGGUACAUUCAUUUGCUUGGAUCGUAUCUUACAGCAGAUUCAAGUGAUGGAUUACGUGGACAUUUUCGGAAUCGUUUACCAAAUGCGUAAAGAGCGAGUUUGGAUGGUGCAGACCGAACAGCAAUACAUCUGUAUCCAUCAGUGCCUCUUGACAGUGCUGGAAGGGAAAGAAUUGACUGGACCUCCUAGAGAAAUACAUGAAAACCAAGGGUUCGAAGAUGACGAAGGUAUUGCAGAGUCAGGAAUGUGAAUUGUAAUAAAUCUUUUUGAAGACAACGGUUGAUAUUCUAGCAGAAGUGCAGUUAUUAUUGUGGUAUCUACCAAUUUAAUUUUUAACUUUUUUGUUAUUAUUCUUUUUCGACAGUGUAUUAUCAAAUGAAUGCUAAUAUUGUGCCAACAAGUUACAGAAUUUAAGGCGUUCUAUAUUCGCAUAUUUUCUUAACUAAGUAUCACUUUUAGGACAGAAAAAUAUUUUCCAAGUAUAUUCAAAUGUUUCAUGUAGCGACAUGUAAUUUUCAUACUAUAUAGUAAGUGCGAACUAUUUUUAUAGAAUUUUUUUCGUUUACGUGCAACAGUAGAAUUGAUUUUUUGUCCUUUACUUUUGAUAUACUCAUUACACGCUUACUAUAAUUGAAUAAUCAAAUAGAAUUUUGCAAAAAAGUUUUAUGUUGUUUAGAAAAAAUAUAGUGGUAUUACACCGAUAAUUUAUUAAAUGUUUUUAAAAAUUAUAGUAUUUACUGUCCAAUAUUGUGUUGACUUGCACAACUUUUGCCAUCUGUCUUACCACAUAAUUUUAUUGUAAUUUUUGUUCGUAAUAUGGCAAACAGUGUUAUUGUAUCCUCCUAUGGUUUGUUGUAGUUAUUCGAUCGAAAAUAAUUUCAUUUUAUAAACAUGAAAUAUUCUGAUGCUGUAAUUUAUGUACAUUUUAUUUUAACAUAAUUAUUUCUUUAAUUUAUUUAUUAAAAUUGACAAAAUAUUUUAAUUGAAAAUCUUUUUUGUUACUUUUUUCGACUUCUUACUGCAGCAGUAUCAGAAGAAUUAACUACAGAAUGUCUUUGUUGAGGUUUUAUCAUU